CCGACGUCACCACGAAACACCCGUCGCCAACACGCGCCUGGUCGUGCACCGCACGCAUUUCCCGUGCACCGAGCGACUCGCCCAUGCCCCCCGCUGUGGACUUACGAUGGUUGACGCUGUGCAGUCGCUGACGCAGGCGCAGUGUGUGCUGCUGGCGGUGCAUCUGGCCUCCGAAUCGAACAUCAAGGCGCUGCACUCCUUCACGCCCACCCGCCUAGACGCCCUCGACCCGGAGCUGGUGCUGCGCAUCGUCCUAACCUUCCUUCCUGAAGCCGUCGACCCGCGCGAGUACACCGGUUACGUUGGCGAGGUGGCAUCGCGCCUCUAUCUGGACGUCGAUCGCGAGGAUGUCGAGGUCAGCACGGCACCGGUGCACAAUCUGAGCGAGGAAGAGGCACAGAAGAAAGUAAAGAAGCUGCGCAUUCUGGACAUUCAGGCUCCAGCAUUUCCCCCGCAUGCUCCGCAAGAUCUACUGACUCGUUUCGUCUGCCACCGCGCAUAUCGUAUCGAUCAGGAGACAGGCCUGUUGCACCUGGUGCCCGCCCUGGUUGAGCCAUUUCUGGACCGCAACGAUUUCAUUCGCACGUGGUACGUUAGCGUAUGCUUGCCAUUGCUCCGUCUGGCAAUCGAAUACUACCCAGAGGAUGACACGCUGGCAAUUCCACUUCGUGAUUUCGAGCAGGUUCAUGGACGGCAGGGCGUUGAUCUACUGUUGAAAAAGAGCACGGAGCAGCAAGGGGAGGCCAAGGAUAACAUCUCACGCGAUAUCAAGAAUGUGGUCGGGCCAUGGAUGUACGGCCACACUGAUCGCAAGCGCCGAAAGCUCAAUCACAAAAAGAGCGAGAGGAAUUCCAACGAUGAUGGCGUCGCGGCGGCGACGAAAGGCAUUCGAAAGAUCUCCAUCGAUGGCAUCACGGCAGAUGAUCAACGGACUGGGCACGAUUGGGAACAUCUCUUUGCCUGGAUGGUAAGCCACGCUGCGACCGACUUUCGCCUUGUUGCACGCGCCAUCGAUGGAUGGGACGGUCCCGACGACAUCGACCUGGGAGGCAUCGAGCACAAGAGUAUCGGCUACUUGGAUGAAACUCUCCAGAAGAAGCUCGAUCUGCAAUAUGCCCAAGCUGCCUUUGCAAGUUGCUAUGUUGCGCCGGCAGAUAAUGAAGAGACCGUCAAGGAUGCUCACUCCAUCCUGGCUCGAUUGGCAGAGCUCCUCGAUUUUAUUCCUCCUCCAGACCUUGCCACCAGCGUGGAUUCAUUGCCGAAAAUCGAACGGCAUGCAGCCAAGUUGGAUGCCUCGCAAACAGUUGCAGAUCUACUUCCCGAUGCUCUUUUGAAGCCCGAACAUCCUCUGACCACUCCUCGAAUGGAGACGUAUAUGUUAUUGCAGAUGAUAGUGUACAGCGCCUAUCAAUUCUCAGGGCUUGGUCACCCUCUCUCGCUGAUCAAUGUGGCCAAGCUGCAUUUCUAUGCCACAGGUCAAGAGCAGCUUGACGUUCUUCGAAAGAUUUUGCACUCGCUCUCAAGACCAGGUGUGCGCAAAGAUGAGUCUCAAUGGACUUCAGAACGUGCAAAGCUCAUUUGGUUAUGGAAUUGGGGAAUCGAUGCCGACGCAGCUGAGCCCGAAAAUGGAGCAGGCGUGCUGGGCAAGAUUACCAAGGGCGAUUUCGAAGAGGAAAUGCUCAAGGUGUUCACUGAAACCAGUUGCUAUGGACUCGCAACUCGACUAUACCUGUCGCCCGAGUCGGACACGGCUAUCUCGAAGGAUCGAUCCGAGACGGUCAUCUUGGACAAAGCCAUGGAAAUAUAUGAUAGUGCAAGCAAUGGCAAUCGUCAGCGCGGUGCCAUGAAAAGGGCAAAUGAUAUAAUCGCUGCCUUUCGACCCCAUUUCCCAGACAGCACGAAGUUUCGACAAGCUACAGCACUACUCUCAGCGACCCAUGCUCUCUCAUUCUACUCCUUGACGCUGCAGCAUGGAGUGCCUUUUCAGCCGGUCAAUAUUCGUGUCAGCCAGGACCCUAUCUCGCUCAUUGUCAAAGUCUUAGAACAGAAUCCUCGGAGUUAUACCAAACUUGACGAUCUUAUUGAUAUCGCUCGUAAUCUGGUCUCGUCAGGACUGAACGAUGAAAGUGAUGAACGCCUGUCAGGCGAAUCGCCUCUCGAAUCGAUCGACAAGAGGAAGAAGGAUUCCGAACGACGCGUCACAUUCAUGGCAGUUGAAGCGGCACUCCGAGAAGACGAUUUCGAGACGGCUUAUUCUUACGUAGUGAACAGACUCACACCAUCUGGCGCCGAUAUCGAAGCAUCCCAGAACGCUCGCAAAAUACACAAACGGCAGAGAUCAAGCCGUGCGCAGAACAGUAUUGACGACGACGACAUAUCGUGGCGUGCUGCAUUCCUGGCUGGGCGCUAUCGCCCGACAACCACUACGCCACCGACGGUGAGACGAUUGGAGCAGCGCACGGAGCUUCUGUCUCUUGCUCUUCUGCUGGCGCCCACGUCAGCCCUCACCGAGAUUCUGGCGGCGUGGCGUCGAUGUGAGGAGGAGAUGACUUCCCUCCAGCUCUCGCAACAGGAAGCUGAGCAAGCGUUCGACGAUCGAGCUGACAAGCGCCUUUCCGGCGGCUCUCUCCCUGGGACUUUCGCGUUUGGCGAUGAGCAACCCGAUCUCAUCCUGAAUCAGAAGAGGCGGGAGAUGGGUCGGAUGGGUGGUGCUAGUGGCAGAGGCAAUGACGAAAGUCCGCUAAGCAUGUUCGACUUGACACGUAGUGCAGCAAAGGCUUUCAGCAAGAAUGCUUUCCCGCUGCGGGACACGGCAGCUGCACGGAGUAGUGCAGAGUAUGGGAGAUCUAUGGAAGACAGUACGCAUAGUCUCGAGAGCGAUGGUAGCGGGCAUGACCGUGUUAGGAAGAGAGACAUGGUCGCCAAUGCUGUCAGUGGUGGUCUAGCAUCGGGACUCGGCUGGGUACUUGGCGCUACGCCCGCACAGCAGCAGCAGCAUGAGCAAGGUCGAUAGACUCCAGGACGCAUCAGUGGUGUGACCACAGUGUUCGGACCGCCUUUUUGUGGGACUGCCACAUGCAUUCAUCUUUCAGCAGAGCCGCGACCUCAUACAUACGAUACAUGCCCGUGGCUGGUUGUGGCGUCCCUCGGAAGAUCACGAGCGAGAACUCUCCAACUGAAGGCUAGGAUCGCAGACAUGUGAAUUGUCUCGAACUCGGAGAGGGCUAGUUUAUCA